AUGGAUCAGGAGCGGUACGGCAACGGCCCCUGCUUCGGUCGGCCCGUCGUUGCCUCGGCCUCGACGUCGGCGACCAUGACCCCCCUCCGGCCGGGCACGCCCAACACCGACAACAGCCGGAACCCAUCGGGCGACAACGACACGAGCUCGUCCCAUCGACGAGGCGCCGGCGGACACCAGGACGACUCUCGGCCGAGCUCGAGCUACGGCUCCUCGAGCGCGGUGGGGAGCCGGUUCGAGGAACGCUCGCAGCGCUACUUUCACUCGAGGCGCGUGCGGAAGGGCGAGGUCGACAAGGCCUGGCUCGAGAAGAAGGAGGGCAAGGAGAGGUGGGUGACUAUCCUGCCCAUCCUCGGCAUCCUCGUCGGCCUCGGCAUCUCGGGCUUCCUCGUCUACGACGGCCUGAGCAGCGUCGUGCACCACAAGUACUGCCCCGUCAUGGACGAGACCUUUGACGGCGGUCUCAACGGCGACGUCUGGACCAAGGAGGUUUCCGUCGGCGGCUUCGGGAACGGCGAGUUUGAGCAGACGACGGGCGGCGACGAAAACGUGCUCGUGCAGGACGGCCGCCUCGUCAUCAGGGCGACGCUCCAGGAGGCGGACAAGGUCGAGAAGGAUCACGUCAUCGACCUGCUCCGCGACGGCACAUGCACGUCCAAGGACUGGUACGGCUGCGUGGCGGCGACGAACACGACGAGCGGCAACUCGAGCAUCGUGCCGCCGACCAAGUCGGGACGGGUCAACACGAAGAAGGGCGCCCGGCUCAAGUACGGGCGCGUCGAGGUGACUGCGAGGCUGCCCGAGGGAGACUGGCUAUGGCCCUCGAUCUGGAUGAUGCCGGUCAGGGACACGUACGGCGCCUGGCCGUCGUCGGGCGAGAUUGACAUUAUGGAGUCGCGCGGCAACAACUGGACGUACGAGCAGGGCGGCAACGACGUCGUGUCCUCGGCGCUCCACUGGGGGCCCGACGCGGCCAACGACGCCUGGUGGAGGACGAACAACAGGCGCAAGGCGCUGCGGACGACGUACGGCUCAGGCUUCAACACCUUUGGACUCGAGUGGUCGCAAAAGUACCUCUUCACCUACGUCAACAGCCGGCUGCUGCAGGUGCUCUACACCAACUUUGACCGGCCCAUGUGGGAGCGCGGCCGCUUCCCGGCCUUGGGCGCCAACGGCACGCGGCUCGCCGACGUCUGGAGCCAGAGCGGGCGCGACAACACGCCGUUUGACCAGGAGUUUUACCUCAUCAUCCACCUCGGCGUCGGCGGCACCAACGGCUGGUUCCAGGACGGCAAGUCAGCCAAGCCCUGGCUGGACCAGUCGAAGAAUGCGAAGAAGGACUUUUGGAACGCCCGGGAGAGCUGGCUGCCGACGUGGAAGAGGCCGCAGCUCGAGGUCAGCCGGGUCGUCAUGAUGCAGCAGUGCGACGGGAACGAAGAACUGUGA